GUCAUGGCAGACUCCCCUUGCAACAACAUAUAUUUUUAUACAGCAGCAGUGCAAACGAAAUAAUUGGACCAUCUUCUUAUGGCCUUGAUAUCCAACUACCGACGAAUAAGUCGUACGUUCAAUACAUGUUAGAGCGAUUUGAGUUGUUUGGAGAUCGAUCAGCCAUUAGUGAUGGUCCAACAGGAAGAUCAUAUACGUAUAAAGAAGUGAGUCAGCUGACUAAAAAAGCUGGUUCUGCCUUAAAACGACUUGGAGUAGGUAGUGAUGACGUCAUUGCUCUGCACCUUCCCAAUAUUCCUGAAUAUGUACCCAUAUUUUAUGGAAUACAAGCCGCUGGUAAUAUUAUAUCAACCAUUAACUCGGCACUUCUAGCAGAUGAGAUUGCAUACCAGUUACAAGACUGUGGUGCUAAAUAUGUUAUAUCAACAAGUCCCAUCAUGGCUGCAGCAAAGGAAGCAGCCACAAAGGCCAACAUUUCAUCACAGAAUGUCCUUGAUUUUGAAUACCUGUGGGAUCUUAUUGUAAAAGAUGAUGGCUCACAUCUACCUGAGGUAUACAUGACAGAUAACCCUGAUGAGCAUGUAUUUUGCCUCCCAUACUCUAGUGGAACUACUGGUCGCCCGAAGGGAGUUAUGUUAACUGAUACUAAUUUUAUUGCUCACGCUAUGGUAUUUGGAAAUGAGAGAUUCAUGUCUAAAAGGGAAGACAUUGAACAAGAAUCUGUAUUAGGACUGCUUCCAUUCUUCCAUGCCUAUGGUCUUGCCUACAUCAUUGGCACAUGUCUUCACCUUGGAUCAAAAGUUGUUUGCAUGCAGAAGUUUGAACCAGAGAUGUUCUUAAAAAUAAUUGAAAGAGAAAAGCUGACAGAACUUCCUAUUGUCCCACCCCUUGCUCUAUUUCUUGCAAAAGACCCAAUGGUGGACAACUAUGAUUUAACAGCAGUUGAGAAAAUCCUAUCUGCUGCUGCGCCAUUGGCUAAAGAAGUGGAGGAAUUGCUUUGGAAGAAGCUUCCUACUGCCAGAGUAAUUAGGCAAGGCUGGGGAAUGACAGAAACAACAGCAGGAUGUAUUAUAAAUCCAUCAGAAAAAUCCCUUGUCAAAAGUGGAUCUGUUGGUGUUUUGCUUCCUCUAAUAGAAGGAAAGGUAAUUGAUUUAGAGACUGGUGAAUCUGUUGGUCCAAAUAUAGAUGGAGAAAUUUGUGUCAAAGGACCAACUGUCGCAAAAGGAUACUUGAACAAUCCAGAGGCAACGGCAGAAACUAUUAACAAAGAUGGCUGGCUCCAUACUGGUGAUAUUGGUCAUUAUGAUGAAGAUAAGUAUUUCUACAUUGUGGACAGAAAAAAGGAACUCAUCAAGUACAAAGGAUUUCAGGUGGCACCUGCUGACUUGGAGGCAGUUUUAGUGAGUAAUCCAAGCAUAGCUGAUGCUGCCGUCAUAGGAAUACCCGAUGACAAAGGGGGUGAGGUCCCCAAAGCUUUUGUGGUCCCAAGAGGAGAAAUUACAGAAGAACAGAUCAAAGAUUAUGUCGCCAGCAAAGUUUCACCUCAUAAAAGAUUGAGAGGUGGUGUUACUUUUGUUGACAUGAUUCCAAAAACUGCAAGUGGAAAAAUAUUGAGGAGAAUGAUUCGCAAUCAAAUCAGUGACAAGAAAUUAGCAUAAACUGUGUCACUGGACAAAGCUUACACAAAUCUGUAUGGCGUCUUGAUUGAAAACAAAUUAUCUUUAAAUAAUCAUAUUUUACUGAUUUACUAGGUAUUUUUGAUGGAAACUAGUGCAAACUAGUAUAAGCUACGUCGCCGUUUUUUCUAAAGAAAAAUUCGAACCUUUUAUAAAAUGACUCAGUAAUUUUCGAUAUUAAAAGAAAGGUGGGGCAACACGUGGUCGCGUUACAAGUCCUCACCAUAACACGGCGUCCAGUCUUCCAUAUUUUCCCCAGGUCUAUGAUCACUUUGGGUUUCUUCUUAUGGAAGCGGACACUGUAAUAUUGAAAAAAAUAUCCGACUUGGUGACAAAAGUAGGACAGGUCAA